AUGUCGGCCGAAAAGCGCCCCGCCGCCGACUCCUUCGGUUCUACCCAGCUCGUCAAACGCGCAAAGUCGGAUGCCAAUAUAAAUGGAAGCUCUGCGGUGACCGUGGCCAAUGGCCCGGCGCAGAAUGGCGCGCUCAUACAGGCGGUCCCACGAGGCGGCGUGCUGCAGUCGCCUGUUAUGGAGUUGACUGGGCACAGCGGGGAGGUAUUUGCAGCUCGAUUCGAUCCUACCGGCCAGAUUAUUGCUUCCGGAUCCAUGGACCGGUCAAUAUUACUCUGGCGCAGCUCCGGUGAAUGUGAAAAUUACGGUAUCCUCACUGGCCACAAACAAGCAGUUCUGGAUCUGCAUUGGUCGCGCGAUUCAAAAGUCCUCUUCUCUGCAUCUGCAGAUAUGCACCUGGCGAGCUGGGACGUGGAAACUGGUGAGAGGAUACGGAGACAUCCAGGCCACGAAGAGGUUAUCAAUUGCAUGGACGUGAGCAAACGCGGCGAGGAGAUGCUCGUCAGCGGCUCUGAUGACGGCUACAUUGGUCUCUGGGACUCAAGAACGAAGGACGCCGUCAGCUUCAUACCAACCGAAUUUCCAAUCACAGCGAUAGCUUUGUCCGAGGCUGGCAAUGGAUUAUUUACUGGUGGCAUCGACAACGACAUCAAAGUCUGGGAUCUCAGGAAGAAGGCAGUGACAUAUUCACUUCUAGGCCAUACCGAUACAGUCACAUCGCUGCAGCUGUCGCCGGAUAACACCCUUCUUCUCUCUAACGCGCACGACUCAACGGUACGCACAUGGGAUGUGCGACCAUUUGCGCCAGCCGAUCGAGGAGUGAAAACGUACGAUGGAGCUCCUACAGGCCAAGAACGCAACCUGCUCAAGGCAAGCUGGGAUGCAGAUGGUAAGAGGAUUGCAGCAGGCAGCGGAGACCAGAGCGUAGCAAUAUGGGACGCAGGGACCGGAAAACUUCUGCACAAACUGCCCGGCCACAAGGGUGCGGUGAACGAUGUCCGUUUCCAUCCGCAAGACGAACCUCUCUUGGUCUCCGCAUCCUCAGACCGCACGCUCCUUGUGGGGGAGUUGGCGAAGUGA